AUGCGGAACUAUAGUUCCUUGAGUUUGAUAGAACGUUACGCGUACAAGUUAAGUGGUCGUUGGCCGUGGUUCGGCCGGACCGGCAUCUACCGCGGACACGGUGACUUCGUCUUUCUGGAGUGCGUAACCUAUGAUCUGCUGCUCGGCAUUGCCAUCGCUAAUGAUAUUUCGAAAAUACGUGGCGAUUGGCAAGUCAGUAAGCUGCAGCCCAAAAAAAGCCUGGAAGACUUUCUGAAACUGGAGGAGUGUCGAUCGAAAUUUGACGAUAAUUAUGUUACCCAGAUCUAUAACACAGCGGAUGAGAUGCUCAGAAGAGAAUCCCUGCGAAGGGUGAAGGCUAUAAUACCAGCACCUCAACUAGAUCGCAGGUUAUUCGCAGAGACUCAUCGUCUAGAGAGUUCGACGCAUCGUUUAAGUGAAUUUCGUCGCAAGCUCCCAGCGUUCGCAUUACGUGCCGAGCUGCUGGGUAAAAUGAAGGAGAACAGAGUUAUACUUGUUAAGGGCGAAACGGGAAGCGGAAAGACUACCCAGAUCCCGCAGUAUAUUCUCGAGGAAGCCUCGGCACGUGGAAAAGGCAGUAGUUGCCGCAUCAUAUGCACGCAGCCUCGCCGUAUCUCAGCAAUUUCGCUCGCGAAGCGUGUGGCGAAAGAACGCGGUGAACCAAUGGGUCAAUCGAUUGGCUACCAGGUACGGUUGGACUCGGUCAAACCACGGAAGCAGGGCGGAAGCAUUUUGUUUUGUACGACCGGUGUGGUACUGGCGUUUAUGCAAUCUGACCCCUUACUGCGCGAAUACUCACAUCUCGUGCUGGAUGAGAUACACGAUCGUGACGUGAACACCGAUUUGCUGGUGGCUAUCGUACGAAUGGUUCUACCUUUUCGAAAGGAUCUUCGAGUCGUACUCAUGAGUGCGACUUUAACAGCAGAAACCUUUUCUGCUUACUUCGAUGGCUGCCCAAUAGUACAGAUCAGUGGCGUAACUUUUCCGGUGCGCGAGUAUUAUCUUGAGGACGUGUUGAAAGAACUAAAAUUUUACCAAUUUGACACGCAUCAAAUACCGAUUGCGAUGGACAUUGAAUAUCGGGAAAUGUUAUCUCGCUAUAUUGCCGAGAUCCGAUACAAUUAUCCUCUAGAGGUUAUUUAUGCCCUGCGGCGCCCGGAAAGUGAAUGCAAACAACAUACCCUGUUGGUCGAGCUUCUCCGCCAUAUAUCCUGUUCGCAGCCGGACGGCGCCAUACUAGUGUUUCUACCAAGCGUAGAGCAAAUAACUCUUAUCCGCCAGAAGAUCUAUAAGCAUCCAUUGCUGAGCGAGAUCGACUUGGUCGUUCACGUGUUGUACUCAAAAUUAUCUGGUGAGGAGCAACGGCAGGCGUUUGUUAAGCCGCCGCUCGGUACGCGCAAGAUCAUUUUGGCCACCAACAUUGCCGAAACGUCCAUCACAAUCGAUGAUGUGGUAUAUGUGAUUAACACAGGACGCCAUGUGGUUAACGUUAUGACUGCCAACGGCUUGGAGCUGAAAGAUGAAUGGAUUUCAAAAUCAAACGAAGUUCAACGUAAAGGUCGUGCCGGACGCGUUCAGGAAGGUAUCUGCUAUCAUCUGUACAGUCGCGCUCGUAUGCGCACUUUUAAGGAAAAUGUACCACCGGAGAUUUUGCGCAUAGCGCUCGAAGAGGUUAUUCUGCAGAUCAAGCUCCUGCGCCUGGGAGAGCUACGCAGCUUCAUGGAUCGGCUGAUGGAUAAACCGACCGAUGAAGUGAUUAAAGCGGCGCUGAAGUUGCUCAACCGUUUAAAUGCGAUCGACGAUAAUCAGCACCUAACGCUCCUCGGUUCCCAUCUAGCUCAACUACGGAUGCAUCCGACUGUCGGCAAGAUGGUGCUUCUGGCUAGCUUCUUCGGGUGCAUUGAUCCGAUCACCUCGAUCGCGGCCAGCCUGUCGUUCAAGGAUGCAUUUUGUAAGCCAACGAACACUGACUUGGAAGAGAGCGAAAUCCGAAAUCGGAAGUGGUUUGCGGAUUACACUGGUAGUGACCAUAUAAUGCUAGCAAACGUUAUCACCAAAUGGCGCUCUCAUUGGAACCGUCGGUGGUUUUGUAAACGUAAUGCACUGAACAGCAUCACGCUGCAUCAACUGUGCAAUGACAAAGAUCUUGUUGUUCGCCAACUCUACAAGAACGGCUUCAAAUGUGACCUCGAAACAUACCGGUUAAUCGAGGAUUUGCGCCAGGGGUUUAAUGAUCUGCUGACGAGAAAGCUGACCAUCCCGUCUCCCAUCGAUUGGUUUUCGGAGGAUGGAGCAUUGCUGCGAGCUAUAAUAGAGCUGCUCUCAUAUAACUUCGAAGCCACAGGGGCGAAAAAGCACCGAAAUUCGUAA